AUGAAAGCUCAUUCGGAUUCCACAGCUGAUUCGCCUUCAGUAGCUGAACGGGUAAAGGAUAAUAUUUGCAUUGAAGGCGAUCGUCAUUUGCAAGCGAGUCACUUAAAACAACUUAAACGCGACUGUUCUGGUUCGGAGUUCUACCCACAUCAAAAUUACGGAUUGCAGCUAUGCUGGAACUUUGCCAACUGCGACGUACUGAGAGAUGUAUACAAAUUAGAUAUGGGCCCUUUUGGCUGUAACGAACUUCGAGAACAGAUGGUACAUCUGAACCUAGAAUUUUCUGGAGGUUCAGAAAUUGUCGUUGGGAAAAAAAAAUUUCAUCAAAUUGAUUUACCAUCUGAUCCGUCAAUAACUAUCCGUGAUUUGAUCCAAUGGAUGAUGAGUUCUUUAAUCGAAAAAGACAAAGCUUACUUGCUGGUUGCAAACGAUACGGUAAGGCCUGGGGUGCUGGUCUUGGUGAACGAUGUCGACUGGGAAGUUUUGUCCGGUGUAGAUACCACGCUAAAAGAGGGCGACACUGUGACGUUUUUAUCGACCAUACAUGGUGGUUAA